AUGGUGCCGCGACCUGGCAUUCAAUUAACACGCAACGGACCUCUCAUAACACGCGGUCAAUCUGGAUUGGACCCAUACGAAAUCGAAAACCCAAACUCUGACCCAAACCCUGACCCAGCUUCCAAAGCCGACGACGAUUUACCCCUAAAGCCUGAAUUCAAGAAACAUAAAGUCGAGAAACCAAAAAAGCGACGUGUGAAACUCAACCUCAACCAACCAGAUUUCCCGCCGUUUUUUCGCAAAUUCUACGCGUCUUUCCCAUCCAGGGCUGCGGAUGUAGGUCAGGUCCGGCAGUGGCUGAGUAGUUGGUUUGAUGCGCAGGGUGCCUUUGAGAAUGAUGUCGGGGUUGAUGAGUAUGUUGGGAGAUUGGUGUUGAAUGGGCAAGAUGUGAGGGAGGGGAAGUUUUUGAGAUACUUUUUGGGUGAUAUGAAUCUAAAGCAGAACUCUCAAUUCUAUGAUAGUGCAAUAAUCAGUGCGUUUGCUGAUGACAUUGAAAGAGCAAGGCUUGUGAGAGCUGUAGAAAGAGAUGAGCCCGGUGCGAGAGAAAAUUGGGAGAAGUCGAAGUUGGUUAAUAGCAGCAGAUUGAGGAAUUUCCAAAAGAACCUACACCUGAAGCAACCGAAGAUGAAGAGCUUGAGAUGCACAAGUAUGUGGAUACGAAACGCAAAGGCAGAGAUACAGGUGUAG